AUGUCCGAAACUGCAACAGGCAGUGCUACAGGUACAGCGACAGGUACCGAUUCAGGUACAGGUUCUGCUACUUUUACAGAUACCGCGACGGCCACGAGCACUGCGCCCGAUGGCUCGAUACAAACGAGUAUCAUCACCAGCACCUCGAUCAGUUUAACCACCUCCCCCACGACCACAUAUACUGUUACGGCCUCGACGCCCGAAACCUCCAGUAAUCCUGAAACGACUCCGACGCCGACACCCACGAGCAUUUCUUCCGUCUCAAUCCCUCCCUCGACGACCGUGGUUGAGACUACUCCAACACCCACCUCAAGUCCGAGCGUGGUAGCUGUCACUGCUACCGUGACUGAAACUCCCUCCUCGACAGGAGGAACCCAGAGUCCUUCCGUCGUGAUCGUAACAUCAACAUAUUCCCCCGAUCCUACCACGUCGCAAGUCUCGACAGCUUCAUCCGCCUCCCGACAUUCCUCCUCAUCGUCUACGCCGUCAGCACUAAGUGCCUCCGGGUCGUCAUCAGGCUCAUCUCAUCAUAAGCUUAGUUCUGGUGCCAAAACUGCCAUAGCGGUCAUCAUUCCCAUCGUGGUCAUCGCUGCGGCACUCUUGGCAGGUUUCUUUUUCUGGCGGAAACGCAAGGCCCGAAAAGAUGCCGAGGAACUUCGUAAGAACGAGAUGGCGGAAUAUGGAUUCAACCCAAAUAGCGACCCGACUUUGGCCGCCGGUGUGGGAGCAUAUACGGAUAACCAGUCCGAACCUCACGAUGAUAACAGCGGGUAUCGUGGGUGGGGAGCCACAUCCUCGAACCGCAAAGCGUCGACCACUCUGGGUUCGAACGGCCUAGCUGCUGGCGGCCCUGCCUUGUCGGAAAGCAGCAGUCAACCGGGAGGAUAUGCAUAUCAGACCUCGCCCAAUGGAGCCUCCGACCAUUAUUCGGCCGAUCCCUUGAUGAAUGGACAUCCGGAAGGCGGAGAUGGAGUGGCAGCAUUAGGUGCGGCCGGUGCGGCUGGAGGACUCAGCAGAAGCCGCAGUGGUGCUGCAGAUAUCCGUCGUGGCCCUUCGAAUGCGUCUUCAGCUUAUUCUGUUGGUCACCAAUCUGAAGCUUCUUCUGAUACCCACAAUAUGCCCGGACCUUAUUAUCAGGAAGAAGUACCCUACAACAUCUACAACGAUGCAGCGGCUAGUCAUGGCCCUUACGGAGACGGCUCGUACGGUGGUGAUGGCACGUACGCCGGUAAUGGAGGGCAGCCGGUGAUACGCGACGUGCAAGCCCGGAGAAAUACUCGAAUCGAACGAGCACCAACUUUCCCUCAAACCCAGGGAGGCAUAGCGCAAAACUUUUGA